GUUUUAGAUGUCGAUUUUACCGGAGGAAAGAAGGAUACUGUUAGAAAGGUUGAAUCUAAAGACAUCGACAAGUGAUAUUGAACGAUUUUUCACGAGAUGGGGUCCACUUUCCGAAUGCAUUGUCAUGUUUGACAAGAAUACGAGGCGUUCUCGAGGAUACGGGUUUAUUUGUUUUGUUUGGGAUCAUCACUGUGAGGAAUGCCUCGAAGCGCAACCACAUUCAAUAGAUGGUGUACAGAUUGAAAUGCGUCCAAUCAAAGGCGUAUCUUCAAAUCCGAUUGUCAAAUAUGUCAGCACACGAAAAAUUCUAGUCUCCUACCUUGGUGCACAACUUGUAGUCGAUGAACUCGAAGAAUAUUUUUCAAAAUUUGGUAUAGCUCAUGUUGAUUGUGCCCUGGAUACACUAAAUGAGAAGCCGUUGUAUUUUGCGUAUGUUACAUUUGACGAAGUUGAAUCGUGUGAUAGCUGUAUAAAUAUCGGAGAACAUUGCGUUAGUGGUUACCAUAUCUUUAUUCGAAAAGUAAUUCGACGAGAGGAUCUCAAAAAAGCGGAACAGAUGGAACGUGUUCGAGCAGUUUGUGAAGCUCGAAUUCAGGAGGAAUUGCAAGAAGAAGCGGGAAGAAAAAGACGUCAUUUGGAUCGAAAAUUGCGUGAAAAUUAUGCAACGGAAUUAGCUUUGUUGCGGCCGCCUCCACCUCCACCACCUGCUGCUGCACCAUUACGAGAAAGUAUUGAAGACCCAACGCCAUCAGCCUCAAGUUGGGUUCCCCUGUUACCUAAUGAACAAUUCCAGGAAUACGGUGCUUCGCACCUUGCUGGUUACGGGCCACAACGUCGAAAGCCCAAGCAAUGUGGUUCACAUCUUUCGCGACACCCUGUAGGAACUGGAACAUCACAGUGGAUUCCACUGCCGCAUGGCAGUAUAUCUUCGCCCUCCGACGUUGUACGACGAUAUUCUACGUCAAGCGAACCAUUCAGUGAUCGAUCUUGACACUGGAUGCGAUUGCUGAUGAAGUUAGUAGUAAUGAAAGUUUCUUGUUGUGAUCGGUGAUUGUUGUUGAUGUGUCUUGCUGUUUCACUUUCAUCUGUGCUGGAUAUCCUAACCAUCGCUGC